GCCACCACGUGUGUCCCCGCGCCCGGCGGCCGCCCGACUCAGUCCCUCGCCGGCCGGUCUGGGCAGCGGUGGAGGGUGGUUGGCAGUGGCUGGAGGCUUCGCUAUGGGAAGUUGUUCCUUUGCUCUCCCGCGCCCAGCCCUCCUCCCUGGUUCUCCGCAGCUGCUGUCGGAGGAGAGCACGGGGAGGCGCGGGCUGCAGCGGCCGCUGCCUCUCCCCGCCCGGGCGGCCGCACCGCUGGGCAGGUGCUGAGCGCCCCCGGAGCCUCCCUCGCCGCCUCCCUCCUCUGCCCGGCCGCCCGGCUGCCGCAGUGCACAUGGGGUGUUGGAGGUAGAUGGGCUCCCGGCCCGGGAGGCGGCGGUGGAUGCGGCGCUGGGCAGAAGCAGCCGCCGACUCCAGCUGCCGGGGGGCCACGCGCCCCGGGUGCCCCUGCGAGCCCCGGGCUCAGCCAUGGGGACCUCCGCGAGCAGCAGCACCGCCCUCGCCUCCUGCAGCCGCGUCGCCGGAGCUAUGAUGAUCGCGGGCUCGCUUUUCCUGCUCGGAUUCCUUAGCAUCACCACCGCUCAGCCAGACCCGAAGGCCCCAAAUCUUGUUGGCAAAUACCGCCAUGUUGACCAUGCCACCGGCCAGGUGCUAACCUGUGACAAGUGUCCGGCAGGAACCUAUGUGUCUGAGCACUGUACCAACACGAGCCUGCGUGUCUGUAGCAGUUGCCCUGUGGGGACCUUUACCAGGCAUGAGAAUGGCAUAGAGAAAUGCCAUGACUGUAGUCAGCCAUGCCCACGGCCAAUGGUUGAGAAAUUACCUUGUGCUGCCUUGACUGACCGAGAAUGUGCUUGCCCACCUGGCAUGUUCCAGUUUAAUGGUACCUGCGCCCCCCACACUGUGUGUCCCGUGGGUUGGGGUGUGCGGAAGAAAGGGACGGAGACCGAGGAUGUGCGGUGUAAGCAGUGUGCUCGGGGUACCUUCUCUGAUGUGCCUUCUAGUGUGAUGAAAUGCAAAGUAUACACAGACUGUCUGAGUCAGAACCUGGUGGUGAUCAAGCCGGGGACCAAGGAAGCAGACAAUGUCUGUGGCCCACUUCUGUCCUCCAGCACGACCUCACCUGCCCCUGGCACAGCCAUCUUUUCACACCCGGAGCACAUGGAAUCCCAUGAAGUCCCUUCCUCCACUUAUGUUCCCAAAGGCAUGAACUCAACAGAAUCCAACUCUUCUGCCUCUGUUAGACCAAAGGUACCGAGUGGCAUCCAGGAAGGGACAGUCCCCGACAACACAAGCUCAGCGAGGGGUGAGGAAGGCGUGAACAAGACCCUCCCAAACCUCCAGGUAGUCAGCCACCAGCAAGGCCCCCACCAUAGACACAUCCUGAAGCUGCUGCCGUCCAUGGAGGCCACUGGGGGUGAGAAGUCCAGCACGCCCAUCAAAGGUCUCAAGAGGGGUCACCCCAGACAGAACUUACACAAGCAUUUUGACAUCAAUGAACACUUGCCCUGGAUGAUUGUGCUUUUCCUGCUGCUGGUGCUUGUGGUGAUAGUGGUAUGCAGUAUCCGGAAAAGCUCAAGGACUCUGAAGAAGGGGCCCCGGCAGGAUCCCAGCGCCAUUGUGGAAAAGGCAGGACUGAAGAAAUCCACGACCCCAACCCAGAACCGGGAGAAGUGGAUCUACUACUGCAAUGGCCACGGGAUUGACAUCCUAAAACUCGUCGCAGCCCAGGUUGGAAGCCAGUGGAAGGACAUCUACCAGUUUCUGUGCAAUGCCAGUGAGAGAGAAGUGGCUGCUUUCUCCAACGGGUACACAGCUGACCAUGAGCGGGCCUAUGCCGCCCUGCAGCACUGGACCAUCCGGGGGCCCGAGGCCAGCCUUGCCCAGCUCAUCAGCGCCCUGCGCCAGCACCGGCGUAACGACGUAGUGGAGAAGAUUCGGGGACUGAUGGAAGAUACGGCCCAGCUGGAAACUGACAAGCUGGCUCUCCCAAUGAGUCCCGGCCCCCUUAGCCCGAGCCCCAUUCCCAGCCCCAACACGAAACUAGAGAAUUCCACUCUGCUGACGGUGGAGCCUUCCCCGCUGGAUAAGAACAAGGGCUUCUUCGUGGAUGAGUCCGAGCCCCUUCUUCGCUGUGACUCCACAUCCAGCGGCUCCUCGGCACUGAGCAGGACGGGCUCCUUUAUUACCAAAGAAAAGAAGGACACAGUGUUGCGGCAGGUACGCCUGGACCCCUGUGACUUGCAGCCUAUUUUUGACGACAUGCUCCACAUUCUGAAUCCUGAGGAGCUGCGGGUGAUAGAAGAGAUUCCUCAGGCUGAGGACAAGCUGGACCGGCUGUUUGAGAUUAUCGGAGUCAAGAGCCAGGAAGCCAGUCAGACCCUCUUGGACUCUGUGUAUAGCCAUCUUCCUGACCUGUUGUAGAACCCGAGGUCUGCUACGCUUUGGAAGUGACUCGGUUUAGUGGCAGGGUGGUUUUUCGUUGGUUUUGUUUUCAUUUUUCUAGCUUUUUGGGUGUGUGUGAGUGUGUGUGUGUGUGUGUGUGUGUGUGUGUGUGUGUGUUUAACAGAGUAUCUGGCCAGUGUUUUGAGUUCUUUCCUUUUUUAACCCUUCUAGGACAUUAGUCUAUAAGCCUUCUCGAGGUGUAACUGUUGAAAAAUACCCACCACUAAAGUUUUUUGGGUUCCAUAUUUUCUUCGUUUCGAUUUCUUAUGUAUUUUCCGAAUUGUUCUGUGCACUUUAAAUUCACUUAUUGGACCCCAAAUGCAGUGUGACUUUCCUUGCACACUGGAUUGUGAGGCUCUUAACCUCUUAAAAGUAUAAUGGCAUCUUGUGAAUUCCUAAGCAGUCUUCAUGUCUCAACAUCCACGUCUGGGUUUUUUUUUAUUAAUGAUUACUAUUUUUAUUAUUAAUUGUAAUUUACAAAUUUUGUUAAGGGUUGAAGAAAUGUAAUACCCCGUUGAGUUACUGUAAUACAAUUAGACUUUGAGUUCUCUUUUUAAUAUGCCUUGGUGUACAGUUCAUAUUCAUGGCUGAAACUUGACCACACUGUUGCUGAUCGUAUGGUUUUCACUUGAGCACCGUGUAGAAUGCUUGAUUACUUGUGCUCCUCUUACGCUAAUAUGCUCUGGGCUGGAGACAUGAAAUCCUCAAGCCAUCAGAACUUGCUAUUUAAGUGGCUUGACAAUUGGGCCACCAAAGAACUUGAACUUCAUCUUUUUAGGAAUUGAGCUGUUCUGGAACAUACUGCUGCACUUUGGAAAGUCACAACUGAGAGCCAGUGGCACCUUUUUUCCAUAGGGAAUUUGCCCAGCUUUGCUUUAAAAGAUGUCUUGUUUUUUAUACACACAUUGCCAGUAGGUCCAGUCCACCUCAAGGCCUUGGUCUUGGUGGGUCUCCUUCGUCCUUCAAUCACUUUAAUUAAAAACGGCUGCAGCUGUAAGAACUCUUGUCCAAUAUAUUUGCAACUCUGCUCCCAUUUAUAAACCUGCGCGCUCUCUAAUGUUCAGUUGGCAGACUCGCAUGCAAAGGUGGUGUGGACUCCCUUUGUGUGGGCGGGGAUUGUGGGUCGUGGUGAGGGACAGAUAUCAGAAAAAUGCCUUCAAGUGUACUAAUUUAUUAAUAAAUAUUAGGUGUUUGUUA